ACCGAUCGAACCGAGAAACCGUCGUUGGUGCAUGCCCCUGGAUCCGCCUUUACGCAAUGAAGAUAGCAUGGAAUAAGAAUGCCAAGAUGAAGAGGCAGCCGGUGGUAGCAUCAGCUAAGCCAGGGCUGCCAUUUGGUGCUGAGGGCGACAACGAUGAGGAUGAAAAGAAAGGAAGCGAAGAAGCAGGAACUGACUAUCCUGGAACCAAGCCACCUGAUACCGCCCAGUCACUACAACACCAAGGGAACAAGCUAGCUGAGGAAGGAAAGUACCAUGAAGCUCUCAGUAAGUGGGAGGCUUCACUUAGCUUGAUACCAGAUAAUGCAAUAAUUCACGAACAGAAAGCUCAGGUUUUACUUGAGUUGGGAGAUGCAUGGCGUGCACUGACAGCAGCAACUAGAGCAACAGAAGUUGAACCAUCAUGGCCUGAGGCUUGGGUAACUCUCGGUAGAGCACAGCUAAAUUUUGGAGAGCCAGAUAAAGCCAUCGAAUCUUUUGACAGGGCACUAGCAAUCAAGCCUGAUUACAGUGAGGCAAAAGCUGACCGUGAUACCGCAUCCCGUCUUGUAAGAAAACGAGGACAAUUGCACUCUUCGGGCGAUCUGAAUGCUAACAAGAGACGUUUCACGGUUGGAGGGAAUUCGGAGAAGGAAGUGAAGAGUGAAGAGGAAGAUGCAUGACUCGUGACUGUAGGGUGUAGGUUAUAUUCUGUUAUUAUGUUAAGAGAAAUGCGACAGGAGUUCCAAAUGAGAGGUUACUGAUCCUGCCAAAUUGUCGCUGUUCUGUUGAUUUGAGGGUAGUGGAGCAAUGGAAAAUAUUAACUUGUACUGUUUGCGGCACAAAUGAUAAUUCAGCAUUACGGUUCAGAGGAUGAGAAUUCGUUCGGUUGCCUGUAA